UAAACCUCACAAAAACAUAUUCAUCAAUACCCAAAAUGAAAACAUUCAUGUCUUUUGCAAAACAACAACUUCUUUCACCCUUCAAACACUUCAUCCAUGCCGACUUUCAUGAACUCUUUGAAAGGAUGACACUCAUUGACAAGUUUCUCUUCUUGAUCAUUCAUGGUGUCGAUAAAUCCGGGAUAGGAUGGCACCGUUUUCCUGUGUUCUUAGGUCUUACUUACUUGGCCAUUCGCCGGAUUCUUCAUGAUAAGUAUAAUCUGCUCAGUGUUGGGAAAACUCGGGUGGGGGUUCGAUUUGAUACCGAUGAGGUUGAUUUCAGGACCGCCAAUGGAAAGUUUAACGAUCCUUUAAAUGAAAGUGCCGGCAGUGAAGGAACUUUCUUUGGCCGUAACAUGCCCCCGGUUGAUCAGAGAGAUAAGCUAUUGAAGCCAGAUCCGAUGGUGGUAGCAACAAAGCUUCUAGCACGUAAACAACUUAUAGACACCGGAAAGCAGUUCAACAUGAUUGCUGCUUCAUGGAUUCAGUUCAUGAUUCAUGAUUGGAUUGAUCACCUCGAAGAAACAAACCAGAUUGAGCUUAGGGCGCCAGCAGAAGUAGCAAGUGAAUGCCCUCUCAAAUCUUUUAGGUUCUUCGAGACUAAAGAAAUCGACACCGGUCUUUCUGACAUUAAGAAAGGUCAUCGUAACAUCAGAACUCCUUGGUGGGACGCGAGUGCGGUAUAUGGAAGCAACUUAAAUGCUGCUCGUCACAUAAGAACGUUCAUUGACGGAAAGCUCAAGAUUGCAAAAGAUGGUCUCCUUCAACACGACAACGAUGGAUUGCCCAUAGCGGGAGACAUUCGUAAUAGUUGGAUUGGGGUGUCAACUUUGCAAGCCCUCUUUAUCCACGAGCACAAUGCGGUUUGUGACACCUUAAAGAAAGAAUAUCCUUAUUUGGACGAUGAAGAUCUGUAUCGCCACGCAAGACUAGUAACUUCUGCGGUGAUCGCAAAGGUCCACACCAUUGAUUGGACCAUUGAGCUUCUCAAAACUGACAUGCUUGUUGCCGGAAUGAGAGCUAACUGGUAUGGGCUAUUGGGGAAAAGAUUCAAGGACACAUUUGGGCAUGUUGGAGGGUCUAUUUUGGGAGGACUAGUAGGGCUAAAGAAACCCGAAAACCACGGGGUACCCUACUCGCUAACAGAAGAGUUUACAAGUGUUUAUCGAAUGCAUUCUCUCUUACCUGAUCAACUUGUCAUAAGGGAUCUUAAUUCCACACCAGGCCCUAACAAGUCCCCAAAGAUUACUAAGGAGAUUGACAUGAUCAAUUUGAUUGGAAAGAAUGGAGAAAAGGAAUUAUCAAAAAUUGGAUUUACCGCACAAAUGGUAUCCAUGGGACAUCAAGCCUGUGGGGCGCUUGAGCUAUUUAACUAUCCAGUCUGGCUUAGGGACAUUGUGCCUCAAAACGUGGAUGGGACUGAUCGCCCCGACCACAUUGAUUUAGCAUCACUUGAGAUUUAUAGGGAUAGGGAGAGGAAGGUAGCAAGAUAUAAUGAGUUCCGUAGAUCACUUUUCUUGAUCCCAAUCUCCAAAUGGGAAGAUCUAACAGAGGACAAAGAAGCUAUUGCCACAUUGCGUGAAGUGUACGGUGAUGAUGUCGAAGAGCUUGAUCUGUUGAUAGGAAUGAUGGCCGAGAAAAAGAUCAAUGGGUUCGCCAUUAGCGAAACCGCUUUUGUUAUCUUUCUAGCCAUGGCCUCAAGGCGACUCCAAGCGGAUAGAUUCUUCACUAGCGAUUUUAACGAAGAUGUGUACACAAAAAAAGGGUUCGAAUGGGUGAACACAACAGAGAGUCUGAAAGAUGUGUUGGACCGACACUAUCCAGAGAUGACCGAUAGAUGGAUGAACUCAACAAGUGCUUUCUCGGUGUGGGAUGCUGCCCCUGAGCCUCAUAAUCCCGUACCAAUUUAUUUCCGUCUCCCCAAGUGAUAAUGAUUUGAUGGAAAAGAAUAUAUUACAUGUUUGGUAUAUAUAUAUAUAUAUAUGUAUAGGUAUUGCAUCUGUUGGGGUGCCUUAUUCAAUAUUUAUUUGCUUAGUAUAUAUGCGUUAUUUAAUUUUCUUAUGGAAUAAAAGAAUAUGUGAUGUAUAUUGUAUGUAUCUUGAUGAAAUAAAAGGCAAUUGGAUUAUUAUA